AUGUUGUCCGCGCGGCGGGAGACCUGCCCGCGUGUCACCUUCAGCGGAGCGGGAACCGUGACGAUGGGGAUGGGCGGGGAGGCGUGUCCUCACAAGCUGGCAUCGACCAAUCACCUUCGUCUGCUCCUGUACAUCCUGAUCCCCACCGUGAGUCUGCUGGCCGGCCUGCUGCUGCUCGUCCUGGCGCUCACAGGUAUAUUCGGCAGCAGUCUCUUGGACUCCAGCCCCCUUCCCUCCCCCGAGCCCAUCUCUGACAGCAGUCCUGGUUACCAUGGUAACAGCACAAACCCCUCCCCAUCGGAGGCAGAGAACGCCACCACUGCCUCUUUCCUGAACCGCCACGAUGACGGUGACAUCACACGAGGCGGGACGACGGCCGCCGGGACGUCCAGCGUCUCUCCGGCUUCCUCUACUCAGGCCCCGCCCACACAGCCCUUCACAACGCCUCCUGAUUGGCUGACCUCUGUGACACUGAGCACCGCCUGGCCGAUCAGCACCACUGCAGCGUCUGACCCAGGUCACUGUCAGCUGAUCGUGGAGCCUCAGUGUCACAUGUUACCCUACAACCAGACGUGGCUGUCCUCCUCUGGCGCCGUGGUGAAGAGCUCCGAGGUGGACAUGUUGCUACGGUUCUUCAGCUACCUCAGCAGACUGUCCUGCUACAGACACAUCAUGCUGUUCGGCUGCUCGCUGGCUCUGCCCGAGUGUGUCCCCGCCGACGGCACGCACACCAGGCGGGUCGUGCUGCCCUGUGCAUCGUUCUGCGAGGCAGCGAGGGAGGGCUGUGAACCCGUGCUCCAGAUGUUUAACGCUUCCUGGCCCGAGUUCCUGCGCUGCUCACAGUUCAGUAACUACACCUUUACGUCGCCGCCGCCGCCAUCUUCAUCAUCACCAUCACCGUCACCCACGGCAACGGCAGGCCCCGCCCCACUUGCCUGCUACACUCCGAGACAGAUCAAAGGGAAACCCUCUGUGUGCGGCGGGAAGGAUUACUACUUGUGCGCGACGGGGAUUUGCGUCCCUCAGAAACUGGUGUGUAACGGCUACAACGACUGUGACGACUGGAGCGACGAGACACACUGCGUCUGCACAGACGACAAGUUUCGCUGUAACACCGGUCGAUGUCUCUCUCCGGCUCGAGUCUGCGACGGAUACGACGACUGUGGAGACCUGAGCGACGAACUCAACUGUGUGUGUGAUGUGGCCCGUGAGCAUCGCUGUGGCGACGGUCGCUGCGUGACCAGAGAGUGGCUGUGUGACGGAGACCACGACUGUCUGGACAAGAGCGACGAGCUCAACUGCUCCUGUAAGAGUCAGGGUCUGUUGGAGUGCAGGAACGGUCAGUGUAUCCCGUCUGCGUUUCGUUGUGACGGAGAGGACGACUGUAAAGACGGCAGCGACGAGGAGCACUGCGUCCGAGAGCAGACUCAGGGUGUGUGUGUCCCCGGUCAGCCCAGCUGUAUCUCUACUUCCUGUCCGUCCGUGUGUGGGGGGGGCAGCACCACCUGCGACCCCCGAAACACCAACAGCAACACCACCAGCUGCUCCCGCUGUGAGCCCAUCAGUCUGGAGCUCUGCAUGAACCUGCCCUACAACCUGACCAGCUUCCCCAACUACCUGGGCCACCUGUCCCAGAGAGAGAGCUCCGUGUCCUGGGAGUCCUCGCUGUUCCCGGCCCUGGUCCAGACCGGCUGCUACCAGUACCUCAUGUUCUACGCCUGCACGCUGCUGGUCCCCAAAUGUGACCCGGUCAGCCUGCAGAAGAUCCCGCCCUGCAGGUCAUUGUGUCGUAAUGCGAAGGAGAAGUGUGAGUCAGUGCUCGGCAUUGUUGGAUUGCAGUGGCCCGAGGACUCAGACUGUAGUCAGUUUCCAGAGGAGGGAGGAAACACCACCUGCCUGCUGCCAGAGCCCGGCGUGGACGAGUGCUCCCCCAGCCACUUCAAGUGUCGGUCGGGUCGCUGCGUCCUGGCAAGCAAACGCUGCGACGGACACCUGGACUGUGACGACCACAGCGACGAGGACAAUUGUGGCUGCUCUGAGCGUGCUCUCUGGGAGUGUCCUGGCAGUAAAGUGUGUAUUAAAGCCAGUAUGAUCUGUGAUGGAUUCCCAGACUGCCCCCUGCUGGUGGACGAGGCCAACUGCACGGUGUGCAGAGAUAACGAGCUGUCCUGUAACAACCAUCAGUGUGUUCAUCGGACUCUGUGGUGUGACGGGAAGAAGCACUGUUCAGACAGCUCAGAUGAGUGGAACUGUGUGUCUCUGUCCGAUCAAUCGGGUUCUGUACUGACGGUGUUCAGGACGGCAGCGGAGUAUCAGGUCUGUGCAGACGAGUGGAACCACGAGCUGAGCAAACUGACCUGCAACCAGCUGGGCCUAGGGGUUCCCACCACUGUUGACAUGGUACCCGACCAGCCUGGUGUCCCGGGCCGUCGCCGUUGGUUACACGUCCAUCCCGAUUGGAACCUGAGGAACGGAUCCGCUCUACAGGCCCGACUGGAGAAGAGAAGUCACGCGUGUCACUCUAGGAGGAGAGUAUCUGUCCUGUGUGCCCGAGAAGUGGGUUCUGACUGGGUUUCAGACUGCGGUCUGCGUCCGAUGGUGGGCUUGACCUCCCACAGGAAGAAGAGGAUUCUGGGAGGGCGGGUGUCACGGCGGGGAGCGUGGCCGUGGCAGUGCUCCCUGCAGAGCGGUCAGAGCGGACACGUGUGUGGCUGCGUCCUCAUCGCCGGGAGGUGGGCUCUGACGGUCGCACACUGCUUCGAAGGGAGGGAGAGUGCAGACCUGUGGAAGGUGGUUUUGGGUUUAAAUAACCUGGAUCAUCCAGGUGUUCACAGUCAGAGCCGAGGGGUGCGCUCCAUUAUCGUACACCCACGCUACAACCGGGCGGUGGUUGACUACGACAUCAGCGUGGUGCAGCUGGACUCGGAGGUGGAGGAGACACCGUUUGUCAGACCAGUGUGUCUGCCUCAACCCGGCCAGCUUCCCUCUCCUGACUCCUACUGUUACAUCACAGGCUGGGGUCACAUGGGCAACCGGAUGCCGUUUAAGCUGCAGGAAGGGGAGGUUCGGAUCAUCUCGUUGUCUCAGUGUCAGUCUUACUUCGACAUGAAGACCAUAACUCCCAGGAUGCUUUGCGCCGGUUAUGAUGCUGGAACUGUCGACUCUUGCAUGGGUGACAGCGGUGGUCCGCUGGUGUGCGAGGAGAACAGCGGCCACUGGACGUUGUUCGGCUUGACGUCGUGGGGCAGCGUGUGCUUCAGUAAAGUGCUUGGACCCGGUGUGUACAGCAACGUGACGCACUUCACCCCCUGGAUCCAGCAACAGAUCUACAUCCACACAUACCUGAACGACUGACGUACACACACACACACACACACACACGUACACGCAACACUUCCUGCCAGCUUUCUGUCUUCAGCAUUCCAGGAGGAAGUGAUGUCAUCGUCAGUGACACACACACACACGCACACACACACACACACACCUUUAGUUCCU